AUGUUUUUAUUGCCAAUUUCAAAAAAAAGAAGGAAACGCUAUAGAAUAUCAGCGGAUCAUUCUUACCCAGAAACAGGGUUUUUGAAUGGAAAAAUAAGUUCGCCAAAAAAGCUACUUUCUACGAGAAAACGGCAGAUCGAAGCAACAUAUACAAUACUGCAUCUUUCUCUUCUUCGUGGGGAUUUUUUACGUGCACGGUAUGCCUUUUCUAUUUUGAUUCGCUGCCGUGAAGUUCAUUUGUAUGAUAUCUGGGAUCUUGGGCUUGAGAUUCUUAGACAUUUUGAAUUUGACCAGCAAGAGACGUAUCUUAAGCAUCUGAUAGUUUUCUACCAAGCAUCUACGUAUUCUAGUUCGUUAAAAGAUGACACUUUUUCUACUCAGGAAUUUCUUAGGGCUCUUGUCCUUUUGUAUAUAGAAAAAAGAGAGUUUCAGAAACUUCUAGAUAUGCUAGAAGAUUACUUGUUAUCUGCACCAUACAGUGAAAAUGCUGUCUUUUAUCAAUAUGCAGGAAUGGCUGCAUUAGAGCUAAGCCGGAUAACGACUGUUUCAGGAGAAAGCAAGCAGUUUCAUGAAAAAGCUGAAUAUAUGUUUCAAAAAGCUAAAGAAAAAGGCGGGACUAUGCUUUAUAUAGAUUAUCUUAAUACGUCUUCGAGCGAAGAAAGCACAGAAUCGGAAGACUAA